AAAUAGAACGCUAGGUGCGGUGAUGUGUAAUGUCGCAAAUCCGCGCGACAUUUUCGAAGAAAAUAAUAUUAAAUCUAAUCAUGCGAUCAUGCAGCUUACAUUAUGUGUUCAAUAUUUUUACAGUUUUGAUUCUUACUGCAUCGGCCUUUGAUGGGGGAUGGUAUACAGAUCAAGACAAACUUUUGGCACAGCCAGGGCCAUGUACAAUAGAAGUAAGAUAUGCUAAAGACUUGACACAAGAGGAAUUUCUAACCAGAUAUGCUUAUUCACAGCCUGUGGUGAUCAAAGGAGCAACAGACAAUUCUAAAUUCAUCCAUGACUGCCAGAAACAAGAAAUGCUGAAAAAAUAUGGAUCUAAAGUGAUAAGACUCAGUUCAGCAAAUACCUACUCCUAUGAAAAAUUGGAUGUAACUUUAGCUCAAUACAUAAUGGAAAUCAUGAGACCUCAGACACUGGAUAUGCUUGGAAAUGAGACAUUUUACUGGUUUGGAGACAACAAUUACACGGAGUGGCAAGAACUGAUUGACAAGUAUUCUCCUCCACCCUACUCACUACCUGGGCUUACAGGGGCUUACAGCUUUGGAUUGGCAGGUGCGGGAACUGGUGUGCCAUUUCAUUUUCAUGGUCCAGGAUUUGGUGAAGUUAUCUAUGGCAGGAAGAGAUGGUUUAUGCAACCACCAGAGAAGGUACCCCAUUUCCAUCCAAACAGAACUACGCUUCAAUGGCUCUAUGAAGAUUACCCAGAACUACAUCCUCUUGAUCAACCACUAGAAUGUACUGUUGGACAAGGGGAGAUAAUAUAUUUUCCAGACAGAUGGUGGCAUGGCACUUUGAACAUUGACACAAGUGUAUUUAUAUCAACAUUUCUGGGAUGACAUUUAGAAAAAUUGUACUGGCAGAGAUAUGUAUGACCAUUUCCCUCUGGUGUGGUUGUGAUCUAAGACUUUAUGUAGAAUAUUUAUAGAUUAUUCAGCACAGACCUGAAAAAACUCUUCUGAAAUUCUGAAUUGUGAAUGUUGUGUAUGGUUGCAUAUGAUGGCUUCAUUAUAUCUUCAUAAGUAGUUUCAGGAUUACAUGAUAUAUAAAAAAAUCACAAUUGUUAA